ACGUAACCAACCUACCACCAGGUUGACAGCGAUUUCACUGACCGAUCUCCAUAUCUUCUAAUGAUCCCAACCAAGUCGACACACCACACCAGGCAUCUCGGUGAAAAGUGGUAGUCGGCCAACAGCGAUUCGCUUCGAGCUUCUUCUUUUGUGAGGCAUGGAGAAGAGCAGGGUGCUUGUCGUUGGAGGCACCGGCUACAUCGGCAGGAGGAUCGUGAAGGCGAGCUUAGCUCAGGGCCACGAGACCUAUGUGCUGAUGAGGCCGGAGAUCGGCCUCGACAUCGACAAGCUCCAGAUGCUGCUGUCGUUCAAGGCGCAGGGAGUGCGGCUCCUGGAGGCGUCGCUCGACGACCACCGGGGCCUCGUCGCCGCAGUGAAGCAGGUGGACGUGGUGGUGUCGGCCAUGUCCGGUGUUCACUUCCGUAGCCACAACCUCCACCUGCAGCUCAAGCUCGUGGAGGCCAUCAAAGAAGCUGGAAAUGUCAAGGUACGCUGACUCACUCAGGGGAAUUAAUAUG